UCACACCUUCCAUUCCACCGAGCAUCUCUCCCCCCAUCGCUUCCCCGCAACCAUCGUGCACCGCUGCAGCCCUGAAGGCGCAACACAAUACCCCGGAAAUUGUACAAGGGGCCAAGAAGAAAAGUCUCCUCCCCACCACCCUACCAAGAAACCGUAGUCGUCACACUCACAGUCACUUGCUCAGUCCACUCCGCGCACCCUCACUCUCGCCCACUCCGUCCGGCGAGUCCGCCCGCGCCGCGGCGAUGGCCGUCAGCAACAACAUCACGGCGUGCCUCAACUUCCUGGCCCUAAUCUGCACCAUCCCGGUGGUCGCCACGGGCCUCUGGUUCGCCUCCAAGCAGGGCGCCGAGUGCGCGCGGCUGGCGCGCUGGCCCGUGGCCAUCCUCGGCGGGCUGCUCCUCCUCGUCGCCCUCGCGGGCUUCGUCGGCGCCUACUGGAACCGCCAGGGCCUGCUGGCCGCCUACCUCUUCGCCAUGGCGGCCCUCAUCACGCUCCUGCUGGCCCUCCUCGUCUUCGCCUUCGCCGUCACCCACGGCUCCGGGGCGUACGACGUGCCCGGCCGCGCCUACCGCGAGUACCGCCUCGAGGGCUUCUCCGGCUGGCUGCGCGGGUAUGUUGCUGGGGAUCCCCAGCGGUGGGAGGGCAUCAGGGCGUGCCUCGCCGCGUCGGACACCUGCAAGAAGCUCACCAUGGAGACCGCCUUCUUCAUCGCCCCCGAGCAGUUCUACCAGUCCGACCUCUCCCCGCUCCAGUCCGGUUGCUGCAAGCCGCCGACGGCGUGCGGGUACGCGUACGUGUCCCCGACGGUGUGGACGAGCCCGGCGAACCCGGCGGCGGACGCGGACUGCGGCGUCUGGAGCAACGACCCGCGGCAGCUCUGCUACUGGUGCGUCUCCUGCAAGGCCGGCAUGCUGGGCACCCUGCGCGACCAGUGGCGCCGGGCCAACGUGGCGCUCGUCGCCGCCACCGUCGCGCUCCUCGUCGUCUACGUCAUCGGCUGCAGCGCCUUCAAGAACGCCCAGACCGAGGACCUCUUCCGCCGCUACAAGUGGAGCAACAACACCUGAUGCUGACGUUGUGCACUAGUAUGAUUAUCAGACGAAUCAGUGUAGUUUAUGUAGUGGCAAGUAAGGUUGAAAGAAGCUUCACUCUCAUGAGGUGUAUUUCGCCACUAGACAUGGUGCAUUUGCUAGUGCCGUGGCUUAUGGCUAGAGCUAUAGUGUGCUGAGAUUUUUCGGUUUUCAGGUUGGUUAAUGGAGACAUUUUCACCCAAAAUUAUCGAUGAAAUGCAGUGUAAGUUCA